AUACCAACGAAGCUGUGGCCAAACACAAAAAAAAUAAUAAUACACCGCUACGAGAGAAGAAACGAUAGAUUGCGAUUUGGGAGGAGGUGAUCAGAGGACGGAGGAACCAAUUCUAAUUAGAACUCGACGACGGUUAUUGCGGCGUAGUAGUAAUCACUUGACAGCAUGGCGAUGAGAGACCUUGUCAACGGCGGAGCGGCCUGCGCAGUUCCCGGCUCUUCUUCUUCUUCCAACCCCCUCGGAGCUCUCACCAACGCGCUACUUGGUUCCUCUUCCAAAACUCAGGAAAGGCUCAAGGAGAUACCUAAUGCCACCAGUUCAGGUCCCGGGCCUCAGUUUUACUCUCAGGACCAACACUUAAGCUCGCUUCCUGGUUCUGAGUUAGAUCAGCCUCUUCUCCAACCUGGUGCUCAGGGGACAGAGUUCUUCCGUGGCUUUCGAUCUGUGGAUCAGAAUGGUCUUGGUGCAGCUUGGGAUGAAGUGCAGCGUGGUGGACCUAUGCCUCCUAUGGGACCUAUGUAUGAGCCUGUCCAGCCCACAUUUGAAGGACCCCCUCAAAGAGUUUUGUCAAACUUUCUGCAUUCAUUUGUUGAGAGUAGCCGUGGUGGCAUUCCUUUUCGUCCAGCACCUGUCCCUGUGCUGGGAUUGUCACAAAGUGACAAACAAUGCAUACGUGAUCGUAGUAGCAUAAUGGCCCGGCAUUUUUUUGCCGACAGGGGAGAAGAAUUUAUCAAUUCUCAGGUAAAUGCAUUACUGUCGUCGUUAGAUAUCGAUGAUGGCAUUCAAGCUAGAGGUCAUAUGCCUGGGAGAUUUCGGGAGCUAGAUGAUUACUGGAAUGAGUCUCAGGCUGUUACGAAGCCUGGUUUACAUCCUGCGGAUAGUUGGGCGACUGAAUUUGACCAGCAUCAGCAUGGGAUGAAUCAUGGGGGUCCUGACGCAUGGGUCAACUCUUUUGAGCAACAGCAUGGUGUGAAUGGGUGGGCCACCGAGUUCGAGCAGGGUCAAUCUCAACUGAUGUCAAACCAAAUGAGAAGUAUGAAUAUGCAAAAUUUAGCUGCAAUGGAGCAGACUCGUAAGCUUGCCCAUACACUGUCUCAGGAUGUCAAUCCGAAAUUUCAGAAUUCAAGAUUCCUUCAGUUUGUUUCUAAGAUGAGCCGCGGUGAACUCAUUAUGGAUGAGAAUGAGGUCAAGCCUGGACCUGCCCCUGGGGACUGGGCUACUGAAUAUGAACAGCAGUAUCUGGGGCCGCCAAGUUGGGCUGAUCAAUUUGCCAAUGAGAAACUUGCACGUGGACCAGAACAGUGGGCUGAUGAGUUUGCUUCCGCUAACCGACAGCAAGAAUCGGCUGAGGACCAAUGGGUUAAUGAGUUUUCAAAGUUGAAUGUUGAUGACUGGGUAGAUGAAUUUGCUGAAGGGCCCGCGGGUGGGAGUUCGGCUGAUGCAUGGGCAAAUGCUUAUGAUGAGUUUCUGACGGAAAAAAAUGCUGAAAAACAAAAUAGUGGUGUAUACGUCUUCUCUGACAUGAAUCCUUAUGUGGGUCACCCGGAACCUAUGAAAGAAGGGCAGGAAUUGUUUCGCAAAGGACUUCUGAGUGAAGCAGCGCUUGCUCUAGAAGCUGAGGUUAUGAAAAAUCCUGAGAAUGCUGAAGGUUGGAGAUUACUUGGGGUCACACACGCAGAGAACGAUGAUGAUCAACAGGCAAUAGCUGCAAUGAUGCGGGCACAGGAGGCCGAUCCGUCAAAUCUAGAGGUGCUUCUUGCACUUGGUGUGAGCCAUACCAACGAGUUGGAGCAAGCAACUGCUUUGAAGUACUUAUAUGGAUGGCUGCGGAAUCACCCCAAGUAUGGAUCAAUCGCACCUCCAGAGCUUGCAGAUUCCCUGUACCAUGCUGAUAUUGCCAGAUUAUUCACUGAAGCUUCUCAGAUGAAUCCUGAGGACGCCGAUGUGCAUAUAGUGCUAGGUGUUCUCUUCAAUUUGUCAAGGGAAUUCGAUAGAGCAAUUACUUCCUUCCAAACAGCUUUACAGUUGAAACCAAACGAUUAUUCUCUUUGGAAUAAGCUUGGCGCAACUCAAGCCAACAGUGUCCAGAGUGCUGAUGCCAUAUCUGCUUAUCAACAGGCUCUGGAUUUAAAACCUAAUUACGUUCGUGCCUGGGCAAACAUGGGGAUCAGUUACGCAAACCAGGGGAUGUACAAAGAAUCAAUCCCUUAUUAUGUUCGUGCCCUUGCGAUGAAUCCUAAGGCAGAUAACGCUUGGCAAUACUUGAGGCUCUCGUUAAGCUGUGCGUCAAGACAUGACCUAAUCGAAGCUUGUGAGGCAAGGAAUCUCGAUCUCUUGCAGAAAGAGUUCCCACUUUGAGUAGAGAAGCUAAAGACGAUUCAGACCCUUGAAAGUCCGAGUGGUCCUUACCGGUUAAACAGUCGAUUUCUUUUACGGGAACUUGAAAAAAAAUAAGAAAAAGGAUUUAAUACUAUUACAUUCGUAAUGUUGUAGAUAUACCAAUACAUGAUUAUGUAGAGGUAAAUGUAUAACACGAAGUGCUAAUAAUAAUGCUUCAAGAGAAUUCAUUUCA